AUGUCCUUGUAUAAUUCGGCAUAUAGUCUUCAAAGAAGAAGAGGAAGGUCCUGUGAAGAAGAUAGUUUUCAUUUGCUGACCGGAUGUUGCAUUCUAAGUCCAGUUGUUGAACAGGAAAUGAUGUCCAAUGAAUGCAGAUCGGAAUGUCUGAAGUUUUUUCAACAAAGGUCUAAUACUUUCAGAGGAUACAUCAGCAAAGGACAGAGAUGGAAUCUUGCAGGAAGCACCCUAACAAGGGACAUAGCCUUGUGGGACACCAUCUCAAAGAACCAAGUGUCCCUGUGGCCUGGGCUUAAAUAUUUUUUGUCUCGCAAAUUGUCACUUUAUUGGUUAUUAAUCCCCUUUCUAGGUUGCAGUUUACAAUCCCAGAAAAAAAUAGAAAUAUCUAAGGAAAUUGAUAAGCUUUCUAUGGGUUUAAACAAAUUAGAUAAAGCUUGCAUCGAAGUUCAAAACACUACUGUUCAGUUAAAUGAAACUAAACAGCAACUUAAUGAAUAUUUAAAAGAGUGUAAAAUGUUUAAAUUAAAUCUCAUUCAAGAAAAUCUUGAUGUGAAAGAACAACAAAAAUUAGUUACAAAAAAGACUCAAAGUAUUGAAGAAGAAGAAAUUGCAUGCAAAAAAAUGAGAGAUAUCGCUUUGAGAGAUUUGAAUGUUGCUCUUCAGACUCUCAAUGAAGCUUCAGUGUCUUUAGAUGAGUUGGACAAGAAAGAUAUAGAUGAAAUCAAAAGUUAUGCAAAACCACCAGCUUUAAUUGAAAAGGUUAUGGAAGCUGUCAUGGUAUUUAGAGGUGCUGAAGAAUCUUGGAAUGAAGCUAAAAAACAAUUAGGUGAAGCAAAUUUUAUCCAGGAAUUGAAACAGUAUAAGCCAGAAAGAAUAACUGAUAAAAUGUUAAGAAAAAUUUCGAAGUAUAUUGCAAUACCAGAGUUUAAUCCAGAUUAUAUUGGGAAAGUAUCUAAUGUAGCAAAAUCACUUUGCAUAUGGGUUUUAGCCAUGGAACAUUAUGGACAAAUGUACAGAAUUGUUGAACCAAAAAGAAAGAAAGUAAAAAUAGCAGAAGAUGCUUUAAAGGUAAAAAAACAAACAUUAAAAGAAGCCAAAGAAAAUCUAGAACAAUUGAAACUAAAGGUUGAAGAAUUAACAAGACAAUUUGAAUUAAAAGUUAAACAGAAAGAAAGUCUUGAAAAUCACACUGAAGACUUGGAAAAAAAAUUAUCAUCUGCUACUUUAUUGGUUGAAGGACUUAGCAUAGAAAGGAUUUGCUGGAAUGAUAACAUUGAAGAAUUGAGGAAAAAAAUGAACUGUUUAAUUGGUGAUUCAUUGCUAACAUCUGCAUUUCUAUCUUAUCUUGGACCUUUCAUUCAUAAAUAUAGAGAUGAUUUGAUUUCAAAAUGGAUUGAUAUUGUGAGCAUUAUGUAUUAUNUAAAAUUUUAUAAGGAAGUUUGA